GGGCGCCCGACCGGCUCGGUUUCCUCUUGGCUGGGUGGGGAGUUGCCGGCCGCGCACCAGCUGAUCGCAGCCCCUCCUAUCAGGCUGGGCCCGGGGAAAGGAGCGGGGAGGCAGCAGCCCUGCCCAUAGCGGCGGGGCGAGCGAGCCAUGAUGUCAGAGUUCCAGAUUUCGGUGGAAGAGCUCAACGACCUGCUGGCUAACGGCAGCGGCUGUUACAGCCUCCCCAGCGCGCACAGCAACGAGGUGGCGCCCCGGAUCCACGUGGGCAACGCGUUCAUAGCUAAAAAUGUCAUGCGGUUGCAACGCCUGGGUAUCACCCAUGUCCUGAAUGCAGCAGAGGGCAAGUCCUUCAUGCACGUGAACACAAACGCUGAGUUCUAUGAAGGCACCGGCAUCAUGUACCAUGGCAUCAAGGCCAAUGACACUCAGGAGUUCAACCUCAGCCGCUACUUUGAGGAAGCAGCCGAUUUUAUUGAUAAGGCACUGGCACAGAAAGAUGGCCGGGUGUUUGUCCACUGCCGCGAAGGGUACAGCCGCUCACCGACACUGGUCAUCGCUUACCUCAUGCUCCGGCAGAACAUGGAUGUCAAGUCUGCCGUCAGCACCGUCCGGCAAAAGCGGGAGAUUGGCCCCAACGAUGGCUUUUUGAGGCAGCUCUGUCAGCUCAACGAGCGAUUGGUGAAGGAAGGCAAGCUGAAGAAACCAUAGCAGCACUUGCCGUUGCUCACCCUCUCUUGUCAGAACUUCCGUUAGUUGCUUUUGGUUGCCAACUUCAAUGGCCAGGCCACACGAGGAAGGGAGAGGCGAACUCCCUUCUUAUUUCUUCCACCAUAGGUGGGCCAGUUUGUUUGUUUUUAAAGAGAACACAUGUGAGUGCUGCAAUAUUGAAAUGCUAUUAGUGGCAGACUCCACCCAGGCUUUAGCUUGUCUCCUCUGUCUUUUUAUUUUGGAAUCUGCCCAAUAUAACACAUGUGAUUUUGUGUUUGUGCUUUUGUUUGGGGGCACUUCUGUAGCACAGCUGUGAAUGCUCUUGAUCAUUCAAAUUUUCACACUACCAGAUGCCCACCACUGGUGCAGCUGGCCCCUCCUGUGCCACCCCCCACCCCACAGGUCAGCAUAGUUUCUCCUCUGUGAUUAAGUUAGAGGACUUUUUUUUGUUUACAUGUUAAGGGCCAAGGGCUAUCUCCCAUCCCUCCUUAUCUGGCUACCAAUAUGUGCCAAAGGUGGUGGCUGAAGGGAGUCAGGUUUCUAGUCCAUAUGUUCCAUCUGGGCUUUUAGUAGGGUUCCUGCUUGUUGUCAAGAAGCUCUGGGGAAGCCCCCGCUGUUCGCUGGCGACCUUGGACGAACAAGCUGAUUGGAUGCUGGGCUUCUGCUCUCUGUGCGGAUCAGUUGUGAAUUAAACUGGCCCUCUCUUCCGAUUGCUUAGACCUUGCAAGGUUUUUCAGAGCAGACGGCCCCACCCCAUUGAGUCAGGCUUGUCUGGAGCACCACUUAAUUCACUUAGCUUCUGUUUGUACCGCUGCUUAGCAGCGAUUCUGGGCACUCUCGUUUUGGGGACAGCAGCUUCCUGAUUGUGUUUCUCAUGGGGACGAGGCUGCCACAGGGAGUCUGCCAGGAGCAGUAAAUCAGGGAGCGGGGCUGGAGUGGGCAGCACACCUGUGGAGUGGCAAAGCUGGCCCUCUCCCAAUGCACUUUUGCCCCCUGAGAAACAUGAGUCAUCACAUAUCUCCUCCACUCAUGGCUCAUGCUUGAAGUCUAACCCCUAAAAGCAUUAUGAGAUGGGAAAGUUAUAUUAUUGUAAAUACAUAGGAGCACUGUCUCUUGUAACCGUAUGAUCUUUUUGUAUAGCUCUGUGUUUCAUACCAAUCUGUGGAUAUAGAAUAUAUAAUAUACUACUAGAUAUAUAUAUAUAUAUAUAUAAUAUGCACACAAGCAAUGAAAAAAGCCAUUUGAGAACACGCUAUCAAUGCAAGUAGCCUUUUCUAUAUAUAUUGUUCAUAUAGCUGUGCUCAGAAUUAUUACUAUUAUUUUUACAGGCCAUAAACAUCUGGAAUGGCACAUUAAGCAUGUGUGGCCUUUGAUGUCUUGGGGACCAUAGGCCUAAGUCACCAGGAUGUUGUUUCUGCCUGCGUGUGGUUGGUAUGACUGUGGACAGUGCUGAGCUACACUCCAGAUGGCUUCUUGUUGAAGCCCGAUAAAAGCAGGGAUGGGGAACUUGUGAUCCUGCAGAUGUUGUUGAAAUGCAACUUGCAUCAUCCCUCCUUAUUGGCCAUUCUGGGGCUGAUGGGAGUUGGAAUUCCACAGCUUCUGGAGGGCUACCAGUUCCCCACCCCUUUAAUAAGAGAGAUUAACAAUCAGAUGCUUUCUUUUGCUUGGCCUUCACCAAUAAUGGUAAUUUGGAAACCCUCAGUUUAGGAAGUAAAACAAAUGAGCCAAACUAAGCUGAUCUAUACAGAUGUUUAAUUAGUGUAAUUUAUUCUGGCAACAUAAAAUCUGGGCUGCGAGUAUGCCUAACUUUGUUUGAGAGCUGAAUCACAUGGAAUUCUCCCUGUUUCUCUUUGCUUUUGAGCAUGCAUCUCAUCACCACUGCUUAUUUGCUGCAUGCCACAGAGCUGAGCUGUAACUUUUCAGAAGAUAUUUUUUUCUAAGCCCUUUUUUCUUCACUGCCCUAGAAAUAGAAGACACUUUUCUUUUUGUAUGGCAUUCAGCAUCCUUCCCACCCCACCUCCUGCAGUGCCUCAGAUCAUCACUAGGUCUGGGUUAUUGUGUGGGAUGCAAAAUGGUAGACUGCAUAUGUGUUUGGGUUGUUGGCAUUGGGGACGGAAUCCCAUCAGUAGUACAGGACAUGCAUUUCAUCCAAACCGUCCCAGUUUCAAUCUCCAGGGUAGGGCUGAAAAUGACUGCUGUUGGAAACCCUGGAGAGGCACUGCCAGUCAGUGUGGACAAUACUGAGCUGGAUGGAUGAAUGGUCUGACUCUGUAUAAGACAGCUACUUGUGUUCCUGACUCACUCCAUUGGAUCCAUUUUCCCAGUUCAGUUCUCUCCUGUUUGAUUAUCCGAUUAUGCUAAAAGUGGAGAGAGGGAGAUCACAGCGUACCAAACCAUAACAAAAUCCCUGCUGGGUUAGGCCAAUGGCCCAUCUAGUUCAGCAUCCUAUCCUCGCAGUGACCAACCACAUGCCUAUGGGAAGCCUCAAAGCAGCAUUUGAGCACAACAGCCCUUCCUCUGCUUGUGGUUCAGAGCAACUGGCAUGCAGAGGCGUACUGCCUCCGACAGUGGAGGAAAAACAGCCAGGCUUUUCCCUCUUUGCUGUAGCAAGGUUGGCUGAAUCUGCCAAUUUCAGUUUCUCAUUUUCCAGUCUUAAAUUCAGUUAAUCAUGCUUCCACUUCAGUUUGCGGACGUCCUCACAAAAAUCGCCAGUAUUGUCGUGCACAUGUCUCCUAAUAUAUGCAAUUUUGCCAAAUACAAUGCAUUUUUUGUAUCUUAUUUUUGCCCGUAUAUGUAUUUUUGUACAAGUUUUGUUGUUGUUGGAGAACCACAUCCCAAAAAUUCAGAGAAGCGCGAACUUUGAAGGAUGGCUGCCUUUUGGUUCACCUGUUGUUCUGGGCAAUGUGAAUUAGAGAAGUAUGCAUUUAAACACGAACCCAACUGAAUUUCUCCCCCACCCUUACCUGCAACCACGGUCAAACCCCUUUGUUCUUGUCCUGUAGGCAUCUGAAGACCAUCUUAAAGAGAGAAAUGGGGAGGCGUGGAGCAACAGAGGCUGAGAUAAGGGGAUCUUUUUGCAAGGAACACCAUGGUCAGGCAGAGGUUCAUGCCUAGGUUUUCCCAGGGGCUCGUGGGUUAGGUCAGAGAAUAGGGCAGCAGGGGUGUAGUCAUCCAGGGUCUUGGAGGAGUCUUAAAUGCUGUACUUUUUUGGAAGUAGGGUCUCAGCAGGGUCACUAUGUCUCCAGCAUCCUAUAAGCCAAUUCACGUGAAAGAGGAGUGUGGUAGCCACUGAGAAGAGUCUUCCAACGUGCUUCCUUGUCCUUUCUUGCUGAUUGGAGCCAGAGUGAAAGGAGGUGAGUCAGCCACUGAGAAGUCUCUUCUCAGUAGCUAACACACUCCCCUUGCAUGCUGAUUGGCUCCUGGGGACAACUGUUGUUGUGGGAGAAGGCAUAUUCUCAGCCCAGUAGCAAAAACAAAACAAAACAAAAAACAGAUGGGAGGGGGCUGACUAACACUUCUGCACUUCUGAAUUUGCCACUACACUACACUACUGUAGGGCAGAAGGGAAGCCUAUUUUGGCACAGGAAGCAUGACUAAGAGACCUUUGUCAGCAAGGUGAUUUCUCCACUCUUUGCCUUGCAUGGCUUACUAGGCCAUUCCCUGUUUCCCUGAUUGGGGCUGGGAGGGUCUGAUUCUGCUCUCUGCAUUCCACCCUUUACCUCAGGGGUGGAGAUCCUGUGGACUGUAACUCCCAUUAUCCCUGACUUGGAUGUGCUGGCUGGGGUUCAUGGGAAUUGGAGUUCAAAGGUAUCCGAGGGGGAAGAUUUUCUGUCCCUGCCCUCCCUCUCUUCCUUGUCUUUCUCCCAUCUCCCAGCCCUAGGGAUGGUUCUCAUAGUGCCUGCGUCUGUUCAAGCUCACCUCCAGCUUCUGUUCAGGCAGUAUGGGACAGUGGUUAGGGCAGGGGGUAGCCAGCAGAGCGUUCUUCCAGACAGAGUUGGUCUCCUGCCUCUAAUCAGCCUUUGGCCGAUAGCCCCUGGGUUAGCUCGGCUAUGAAACUAAGCCACUGUCUCUUGAUCUGGCCUACCUCCCAAGGUUAUUUGGAGGGUAAAAUUGUGGGAAGGGUAUCUUGUUGACUGCUUUGUGCUUCUUGGAGGAAAGGCAGGAUAUCCACCUAAAUAAAUGCCCUUUUGUCCCACAUGGCUUCCUUGAGGACUCCUGGGUAUUUGUGCAUAUUUGUACUUGGCACCCCUACUUUCCUUGAGUCCAAACUUUUGGGGAGCUGUUCAAGGUGCUGAAAGUUUGAACUAAAACUAGGAGCAGAUUCAGUGUCCCACUGACAUUGGAGCCACUAGUCCCCACUGGAUGCAUCUUUAUUUAGGAGCAAGCCCUAUUCGUCUAACCAAGUAAAACUGACUUUUGAGUAAACGUGUAUUAGGAUCAAGCUGUGCAGCUGCAGUCCAGUUUUAUGUGUAAGUUACCUUUUAAAAUGAAUGCGACUUGCUCUGAGUAAACCUUGUUCUCUGGACGUGCUGCUUUUGAGUAUUUGACCAUGGCUUCUCUGCGUUCUGCUUUUGCCUUCUGUUGAAGCCCCAAACUGCCUGCUGCAGCCUGAUGGAUGCUGGAGGGUAUUGCAUUCACUUACUGGGUAAAAGAAUCAGCAGUUUGGAAUUGAUGCUCUGGGGGGGUUGUUUCAGUGAGAAAGGGGGUGAGCAGUCAGUGGACAGUAUCCAUGUCUGACGAUGAAGGUGGGGUGGGGUGGGGAAUUAACUUGCCAGAAGGAUCUGUGCUACUGUUGUCACCUUUUUCAGUUUGAGGUGAUAAUGGUCAUGUUGUGGGAGGGGAGAUGAUCCACAAAUGGCCAAUAAAAUCUUUCUCUGUGUGGCAUUGUGCUCCUGUGAUAUGUGGUCUCUUGCAAUCGUCUAGGAGGAAUUUGGGUUUUGUCCUAGGCUUUCUGCAGCAGUAGCGCGGUAAGGUAAUUUUAGACUCUGGACCUAGUGGUCUUAAGCCACACUCUAGUACCUGGACUCUUGUGAUGUAGGCUGCUUGAGAAGAAGAUAGAAAAGGAUCCUGCUGGUCUUUUGGAACUGCUGCUGCUGUUGAGUUCAAAAAUCCAGUACACUUCUGUUCCCCUACUGACUCUAAGGAGGAUGUUAACUUACAACCCUUGCUCUCUGAAGCCAGUUCCAAACUGUCCACAGGAUGGCAGCAUUUCUCAAGCGUACAGACAUUUCCAGCCCGCAGGGCCACAGCAAAUUUUAUGGAUGCCUCCCAGGCACUUCAAAUGACAAUUAGUGUGAUUAAGAGUGUUUUUGCCCACUCCCUCCAAAACUGAGAGCUGAAAGCAACAGGAUCCCUAUCCCCAAGCAUGCUGCCGGUAAAUCUAGCGAUGCCAGUUGACAGUGCUGUGCAAGAGAGAAUGCUGCACACCACUUAAUUUAAAGGGCUGUCAGGAAAGCAUAACAUUUAUGUUGUGAAAUGUAGGACAGCGGUAUGUUAAUAUGAGUAGGAAAGAAGUCAUGCUGUCUUUGAUAGUUACCCUUCUUUUGGCACCAGAUGGCGCCAUAACACUUUUGUUCUUGGGCAAGAAGAGCUGCAUUUUCAUCUUUAGCUUCUAGAUGAUUGUGUACUUACCAUCUCAUUCCAUCUUAGGAUGGACGCCCAUGUUUUCUGUAUCAAACACAUUAGGUGUAUUUGGUCUACAAAACCCAAUCUUUGUAUAGAAAUUUCAUUCCACAUUGGGGGUGGCGGCAUACAUGCCAGCAUUUUUCUUACAAUCCAUAGCUUUCUUAUGAGACGAAAUUCUCGUUCAGCACAAUUCUUGUAUCUUUGUAGACCAUCCUCUCUGGGUUUGAGUCAAAACUUUUGAGGAGUUGUCCGAGGUGCUGAAAGUUUGCACUAAAACCCAGAGUGGAUUCACUGCCCCACUGACAUUUAGUCUCCACUGGCUAAAUUCCUCCAUGCAAUGAUAAUGAUUAAUCAUGCUGAGAAGCUUAAACACUGAGAAGCUUAAAUGUGAGCUGGUCUAUAAUAUAGCAUGUAGCUGCUAUAUUAAUUAAUUUAAUUGGCAUAUUUUAUACUGAUUCUUAGUUAAAAGCUCCCACAUUGGCUUGUGUAUUAGAAUGCAACACUAAAAAGCAAUAUGUUAACGCUGCAGAAACAAGAGGGCAAGACAGAAUGGUAAAAUCUAGCAGAAGCAGGGACCUUUUGCAUCCCAAAGCAAGAAUCCUGCUCCUUAAGUCUAGACCAGGUGUGGGCCUCCAGGUGUUGCUGAGCUACAACUCCUGUAAUGCUAUGUUUGAUUUUAUUUUUGUAAGCCACCCUGAGUGCCCUAUUAUAGGGUAGAAGGGUGGGAUAGAAAUAUUUUAAAUAAAUAAAUCAAUAAUCCCUAGCCACUAGCCAUGCUUGCUGGGCCUGAUGAGAGUUGUAGCUCAGCAGCUUCUGGAAGGCCAAAGGUUCCCCACCCCUGGACUAGACCAAUAAGCCACCCAUGUCACAGAGGAUGAUGGACUGCAGCUUUCAACUUAUUUAUUGCAUAUAUAUCCUAUCUUUCUCUAAGGAGCUAAAGGUGGUAAAUAAACAUGGGCUUUUCUCCUUCCAAUUUUAUCCUGUUGGUGUUGGCAUCAGCAUGGCAUGUAUUAGGUGAGGCUUUGGAGAACAGAGCUGUUUGUGCCACAUGGCCUGCCUUGCACUUGUUAAGCUAGCCUGCUGCCCUCACAAGCAGUGGAGGACACUGUUUCCCGUGCCCUUGUUGGAGGAAAUUCAGCUACCAGCCUUGUGAGCCUUGGUAGAUGGGGUAGGGUGGCGGUGCCGUUUUGUCCUUUGCUUCAGGCAGCAAAAUGUCGUGGGUCAGCCCUACUGUUCAUUCUCCUCCACCCGGCCUUGGCUUCUUGAGGUGGCUGCCUCACAUUACCUAAUGGUAAGGCUGGCCCUGUGCGGGGCUGGAUGGAAAUGUGGGAGGUGUGCGCAAACAUCCCAUUUGCCCAAAUGUCACACCUCAUUUGCCAUGUGUGUGCACAGACAGGGAGGAAGGAGAGCAGGAGUUUAAUGAGCGUAAAGGACUCCCCACAAUGCAUAUAUGCUGUGCCUAUGGUUUGCUGGCUUGCAUUCAUAGUAUAUGCAUGAGAGGUGAAAAAAUACAGGAUAAACAGAGGUGAUGCUAUCCAAACGAUAGAUGGUGUGUGCAUGUGCGCCUGCCUGCCUGCCUCUCUGUGUGUGUAUUCUAGGAAUAUGCAUAUCUUGCAGCUUGUGCAUUAACAGUUAAUUGGUGCUCAUCCUACAUCAGGAAUGAUUGCACCAUCAAGCAAUUAAAACAAGAAUUUUGUAACUAAGAAAUAGUUUUUUCCUCUCUCUCAAUCCCUUUUCUUCUUGGGUCAUUUUUUAGAAAAAUUAUAAGCCUGGGAUCAGGGACUGUCUUAUCAUUAAUAUACUGUAUGUAAGUCACUUGGAGAGCUUUUUUUUUUUUUUUUUUUUUUGCCGUAGAGCAGGAUAAAACCACUUUCAAAUAAACAAAGUAAAGCACAUUUUUUAACAAUGUAAAAGGUUGCUUUUCUUCAAACGAGAUCCAGAAAAGAGUCUCUCUUAUGACUCCUAUGCCCGGAACCAGGAGGGUAAGGAGGUCUGACCAAACUGAUGUCAGCACCAAGACAAUACGAUGGAUGGAGUGAGGUUGCCAACUGCUGUCGUUUUAGCCAGAGGAAAGCACGAGGCCUUGUAAAGUCUGGUCAUAAAGAUCAUGAUGAUGGAGCAUAUGCAGUGAUUUCACUAGCUGGGGCAGCUGGUCUCUACAUUCCUCUUGCAAAUUGAUACAAAUGUAGAAUGGGUUGCUUAAAAGGGGGUAUGGGAGGGAAUGAAUACUCUUGCCUUUGCAAAAACCUACUCCCUGUAAACUCCCAUGCCUCUCAAAGAUGCUUCCCCUUCCACACACACCCAGCUCUCCAUAAAAUACUUUUGUUGGGGUCUUUGCAGCAAGAUAGUUUAUUUUUUGUUGGGGCUUAGGGCCUUUACAGCCCUUGAUGUGCUCUCGGGUGGCCCCAUUGCUGUCCACCUGGUUCAGUCUUAAUGAAACCAAAUGCUGAAUUAAGACUGGUCAUAGUCUAGCCACAGCAUACGUUUUGGGCAAGCAAAUCAGGAUGAAUGCUGAAUAGACAGGCAAGGACGACUUCAUCAGCUUACCGAGGGUCAACCGCUAUUUGACUCCUGCCCUCAUAGAAUUAGCCGCCUAAGUAGAGGUGGGGGAGAUAUUCAACUCAGUUCACAUUUAAAGAUGCACUUAAUUUGCACUUUGUGAACAAGAUGUGAAAUAAAACCUCCACUUUUGAAAUUUGUACUUCUCUGAAUUUUGCAGUGGCUUUCUCUAGCUGAGAAGCAAUGUGUAUAAAAUACAAAUGUUAGGGUAAAGUGUAGAUAAAAAUACAUAUAUUCGUGAAAAUAGUAUACAAAAAUAUAUUAUAUUUGGGGAAAUCGCUUUGCAAAAAUGUGUAUAUUAGGUAAAAUUGCAUACAAGGAUGUAUAUACAUUGGGAGAAAUGCUUAAUUUUCGUGAGGACUUUUUUUACAAAAAUCACAAACUGAUGUGGAAAAGCGAAGAUUGGAAAAAUGAGAAACUGAGAGAAACCAAAAUAGAUAGAUUCACCCAUCCCUAUUCCUCAGUGGCCAUUAUUUGAAGGUACUGUUACUAUUUUACUUUGCCUUAUUUUAUUAUUUUGUAUUUUUAUUGUACUUUUAUCUUACUAUUUUGUUCCCUGGGAGUGUAAAUUUUUGUCAAAGGUGUUGGGUAUAAUUCUGUAAAUAACCGUUGCUAUAACAAGUAUGUUACCUUGUGUCCAAAUUGGUAACUGACUUGUGCUUAUUUUCCUCUUCCCUACCCAUCCCCUCUUUCUUCUUACAUCACACCUCUCUGAUUGUAAGCCAUUGUUUUCAAGUUGCAAACCACUAAAGCACACUAGCAGAAAGGGGAUGUGUACACGCCAUUAAGUCAGUCACUCAGUAAGUAAGUAAAAGGUUUGUGCCACAUGUUUUAAA